AUGGAGCUCGUCGCCGGCGAUGUGGUGCUGGGCGUCCCGGGCCGUCUAGGGUUCCUCCUUGACUCCCUGCGCAGCUGCGCUCGCUGCGUGAGAAGCUCCAACUCGCCACCAAGAUUCCCCCGACCAGCUGAGAUUCCCCCCUCACGUGCGCAUCCCCCCGCGCACCACGAUGCCGCCGACCUCCCGCCGCGCCGCGCUGUGCCUCCUGCUCGUCCUCCUCGCCGCCGGCCACCGCGAGCCGCCGCGCGCGCGGGGGCCGUCACGCUGUCGACGUCGUCGCGGUGGGUCGUGGACCCGGCGGGGCGCCGCGUGAAGCUGGCCUGCGUGAACUGGCCGUCGCACCUGGAGCCCGUGGUGACCGAGGGCCUCGGGCGGCAGCCCGUGGGCGCCAUCGCCGGGAUGGUCGUGUCCCUGGGGUUCAACUGCGUCCGGCUCACGUACCCCAUCGCGCUGGCGACCAACGCCUCGCUGUCGGCGCUCACCGUGCGGCAGUCCCUCCUGGCGCACGGCCUCGCCGAGACGGCCGGCGGCGUCGAGGUCAACAACCCCGGCUUCCUCGACCUCACGCUCAUGGAUUCGCUCAAGGCCGUGGUCAACGCCCUGGGGGAGAAGGACGUGCUGGUGAUCCUGGACAACCACGUGAGCAGGCCGGGGUGGUGCUGCCGCAGCGACGACGGCAACGGCUUCUUCGGCGACCGGGACUUCGACCCCGACGUCUGGGUCGACGGGCUCGGCACCAUGGCCACCAUCUUCGCCGACGUGCCCAACGUCGUCGGGAAGAGCCUCCGGAACGAGCUCCGUGGCCCCAGGCAGAACCCCAAGGAUUGGUACACGUACAUGCAGAGGGGCGCGGAGGCGGUGCACGCGGCGAACCCUCGGGCGCUCGUGAUCAUGGGCGGCCUGAGCUACGACUACGACCUGUCCUUCCUCGCGGCGAGGCAGGUGGAGGUCAGCUUCGCGGCGGAGGAAAGAGCGACUAAAGUAAUUCCUUACUUUCACUAUUUUAGCUUCAGGGUCGGUUUGGCUCGGACGCGCGCGUGGGAGACGGGGAACGCCAACGAGGUGUGCGCCCGCGCGGCGCGCGACUUCGAGCGCCGCGGCGGGUUCCUCCUCGCGCGGGGCUUCCCGCUCUUCCUCAGCGAGUUCGGCGCCGACCUCCGCGGCGGCGACCUCAAGGGCAACCGCUACUUCCCGUGCGCCGCCGCCAUGGCCGCCGAGCACGACCUGGACUGGGCCUACUGGGCGCUGCAGGGCAGCUACGCGCUGCGGCAGGGCGUCGCCGGGAUGGACGAGGUCUACGGCGUCCUCGACUGGUCCUGGAGCAAGGCCCGCAACGAGACCGUGCUCCCCAGGAUCCAGGCGUUGCAGCGCCCGAUCCAAGGGCCUGGCUACGGCGAGGCGCUGCCGUACACCGUGCUAUUCCACCCGCUCACGGGGCUCUGCGCGGCGGCGGCGGCGGCGAAUACUCUAGAGCUGCGCCCGUGCAACGAGACGGGCGCGUGGGCGUACGCGCCGCCGGCGUCGACGCUGGUCCUGACGGACGCCGCGGCGGCGGGGCUCCCGUGCCUGCGGGCCGAGGGGCGCGGCCUGCCCGCGCGGCUCGGCGCCAAGGCCUGCGGCGACGCGCUGUCGACAUGGCGCCUCGCGUCGGACUCGGGGAUGCACGUCGCCGUCGAGUCCCCGCCGGAGAUUGGCGGCGGCGGCAUGCUUUGCCUGGACGUGGGCGCGGACGGCAGGAGCAUCGUGACCAACCCGUGCGCGUGCCUGCGCGGGGACGGGACGUGCGACCCGGAGCGCCAGUGGUUCAAGCUGGUCACGAGCACGAGGCGCGUCGCGCGGCGCAGGCCGCCGCCCACACGCUCGCCUAGUCGCCUGAAUGGGACAUGGCCGAUGCUCGCUAUUUUUGCCAAUCGAUUCAGUUACAUGAUCGUACCAUGAACACGUAAGCACAAAAAAUUUUAAAAGAAAAGGAAUGAAAGAAGAGGGUGCACUUACCCUAAGAAAUUAAUAGUCACGUGC